GCUUGCUCAGCCGGGACAAGGACUGUUGGAGAAGCGGAUGCGAUGCGGUCAUCGAGGAGCAGAGGUUAGCGCUGUGAAUCAAACUGCCCAUUCUUCUUCCCCUUGUCUAGGCCGCUCCGCCUAUUUUCAUCGGCUGCCGGAAUCUAUUUUCCUCGCGAUUUAAUGGCAGCUCUGAUGUGAUCGGAGUUCGGUUAGGGUCGGCGAUCGGCAUCAACUGCAAUGACCAUGAGUACAGCAAGGCAUACAGUGCGAGAUUUGAUCGAAGAAGCAAAGAAGCGGGUGAUUUUGUUUCUUAUAUGUCUCUUCGGCCUCUCCUAUCUCAUGUCUCGUAUGUCCCUUUCUGUUGCUUCCGGGCUUCUCCGGAUAACUAGCUCCUCAGUCUGGGUGAACUUGCCCGCAGCUGCCGUUUUGAUCGUUUUCUUCCGAUAUAUCUCACUUGAUCUUGAUAUCCACAAGAAGUCAAAAGCAGGCAGCAAUCAACCUCUUUUAGAUCCAUCUUCCAAAAUCAAGUCUAUCAAGCCUCACGACUUUCCCCUUGAAAAGAUCAACUGGAGAAGUAAGGUGAAUUCACCUCCUACUGAAGAGGCAAUUGACCACUUUACCAGACACUUGGUUUCAGAGUGGGUAACAGAUCUCUGGUACUCUCGCAUAACACCUGAUAAAGAUGGUCCAGAAGAACUGGUUCAGAUUAUAAAUAAUGUUUUUGGCGAAAUUUCAAGUCGUGCUAGAGAUGUAAAUCUUAUUGAGCUUCUUACCAGGGAUAUCAUUAAUCUGUUUUGUAAUCAUUUGGAAAUUUAUCGUACGAGCGUAUCCAAGAUUGGAAGGCAGGAAUUGAAGAAGCUUACCCCUGAUCAUCAAGAUAUUCAGCUGAAGCAUGUUCUGGCUGCUGAGAGCAAGUUGCAUCCAGCUUUGUUUUCUCCAAAAGCUGAACAUAAGGUUUUGCAGCAUUUGGUGAAUGGGCUCAUGCUUACCACUUUUAGGCCCAAAGACCUUGAGUGCUAUUUCUUUCAAUAUACCACUAGAGAGCUUCUUGCUUGUGCUGUUUUUCGCCCAGUUUUAAACUUGGCCAACCCAAGGUUUAUCAAUGAAAAGAUUGAGUCUUUAGUUCUUUCUCUUGCCAACAAGGCUGAUAAGGAUUCUAAUACUUCAACUGAUCUGACAGCCAAUGUCAAGUCUAAUGCAUCUUCAAAGCCAUCCGUCGAACAGCUUUCUGGGUUACAGGAUCGUUCAGCUGUGGGCCUCGAACUCGUACAAUUUAAGCCUGGCCCAUCUAAAAUUGCUUCGAAUGAACAAGCGGACGGAGCAACCGGUUUGAAGCAUCAACAUUCUUCAGGUCGUAGUUCAGUAGGCACUCAUGAGACACCUUUGAUGCCAGGAGCCAUCAAUGAUGGAGCUCAAGCAUUACCAGAUACUCAAACUAAUCAUGUCGACCCAACUGUGUCAUCCAUUUCUAAAGGAGAGUGGGGCCAUAUUUUGGAUAUAAUUUCCCAAAAGAAGCGGCAAGCUCUUGCUCCAGAACAUCUUGAAAAUAUUUGGGCAAAAGGAAGAAACUAUAGGAAGAAGGAAGGAUCAAAACAACCUCCGAAACAAAACACAAGUGGGACAUCAAUUUGCAACAACAGCACAAAGAAAUCUGCAGCAACUUCUGGUUAUUUGAAGAAGGAUAAGGCAGCUAGCUUUGAUGCAUCUUUGAUUGAUGCUCAUUCUGACAUGUUUGGUUCAGCUCUCCACCUUUCCAAUCCAUAUCAAGAAAUGCCAGAUGUUCAUGAGGGAGAGCUUGAAAUAGUUAGUGAAAGCUCGUACGAGACUGAAGAUGAAGAAAGCAGCAAUGUGACGGGUCUUGAUUCUCCAGGAACGAGAGUCUGGGAUAGCAAAAACAAAAGAAAUGCCUCUGUUUCACACAUAAGACAUCCACUUGAAAAUCCUGAUUUUCAUUCAACAAAAAUUAAGGUUAAAAGCCAUGUUAGACAUCCGAGGACAUUGAGAACACCAUCAGGGAGGAAAAGAAUCAGGCCGGGUAAUCAGAAGACUCCCCUUUGGCAAGAGAUUGAGAGAUCUUCCUUUUUGUUAGGUGAAAGGCAUGAUAUACUAAAUGAAUUAAAUAAAGAUGAUAGAGUGGAGGAACUGAGUGAUGAACCGGACGUUGAAAUUGUUGGUAGGAUUCAUAGUGGGGCUGCUGCAUCUUCUUCACCCAGGCCUUCCAUCUCAGCUUCUGAAUCAUCUACUUUGUCUUUGAAAUCUGCUGAAAAUUCUGUGCUGGCUGAUUCAUUUCUAAAGCUUAGAUGUGAGGUUUUUGGAGCCAAUAUUGUUAAGAGUGGUUCAGUAACAUUUGCUGUGUAUUCAAUUGCCGUGACGGAUGCAAAUAAUCAUUGUUGGUCUAUCAAAAGAAGGUUCCGGCAUUUUGAAGAGUUACAUCGGCGUCUGAAGGAAUUUCCUGAAUAUAAUCUUAGCUUGCCUCCAAAACAUUUUCUUUCAUCAGGGCUUGAUAUGCCUGUGGUUCAAGAAAGGUGUAAAUCCCUUGAUAAAUAUCUAAAGAGGCUUCUUGAGCUUCCCAACAUAUCAGGAUCUAUAGAAGUUUGGGAUUUUCUUAGCGUUGAUUCACAGACCUACAUUUUCUCUAAUUCUCUCUCUAUCAUGCAAACAUUGUCGGCUGACCUUGACUAUAAGCCACCUGAGAAGAGUGCUAAGCUCCACAAUUCGACUGAAGUUGCGAACUCUCAGUUACCAUCUCGGACUGAACAGCUGAGCAGUGUAAAUGGCACAAAUGCUUUAUACAAAAAACAUACAGAAUCAGAAAAUGUUGGAAUGAGAAAGAGAAAAAUCCAGGAACAUAUUGGAGUGAAUGUUGGUAAUGAAGGUAAUAUUUUAUCUCAUGGUAAUUCAGGGGGUGACACAGAUAAUAUGGCUCAAAGAAUUUCGUGUCGAAGCAAGAUUGAAAAUGAUGAGCACAAAAGUACUUCGGGUGGCAAUAGUGACCUGCCUCAGGCUUCUCAAAUUCCUGAAGCUUUUGGAGAUCUAACCCUUCCUACCGAAUGGACGACUCCAAAUCUUAGUGUCCCAAUAUUGGAUUUGAUAGAUGUGAUUUUUCAGCUUAAGGAUGGUGGCUGGAUCAGGCGUAAAGCAUUUUGGGUGGCAAAACAACUUCUGCAGUUGGGAAUGGGGGAUGCCUUUGACGAUUGGCUUAUUGACAAAAUCCAGCAAUUGAGAAAAGGAUCUGUAGUUGCUAAUGCAAUUAGGCGCAUUGAGCAAAUACUAUGGCCUGAUGGAAUCUUCAUUACUAAGCAUCCGAACCGUAAACCUCCUACGCCAGUUUCUUCUCCGGGUAAUAUAAGCAGCAGACAUAACUCUCCGGUGAGUGAUCAACAACUGGAAGAUGCGCGUCGUGCGAAAUUUGUUUAUGAGUUAAUAAUAGAUAAGGCACCAGCUCCUCUCGUAGGUCUUGUGGGAAGAAAAGAGUACGAACAUUGCGCUCAAGAUAUAUACUUCUUUCUACAGUCUGUUGUGUGCUUGAAGCAGCUAACAGUAGAGCUCUUAGAGCUGCUACUACUAUCAGCUUUUCCAGAGCUCGAAGAAGUUAUCAGACAAUGCCAUGAAGAAAAAGAUCAGUUUGGCAUCUUGGAAGAGUAAGUUUCUACUUCACAUUGUUCCAUAUUCAUUUUUCGCGGAGCUAAAGUAGCCAAUUUUUGCUGGAAAUAAAAGGUGUUCUGUUUUGUGCGGUAAAUAAAAAAUGCUUCUGUAAAUAUCCAAGUUAUAGUUUGUAAUUUUGUGCCAUGGAAGAUUGUUAUUGAAAUCUGCUUGUUGAUUGAUUGUUCUGUUGUGUGAGUCAAUACGUAGUCCAUUUUUGUACUUUUUAGGUCUAUCAUAUAGUUUUGUUGUUUACUUCUACAUUAGCAA